AUGUGGAAUAAAUUCGAACUCAACAGGCUGAAGAAAACAUAUUUGGGGUACAAAUGGGAACUCUUGGACACAGGGGGUGGGAUUAAACCUGAGGAGGAUGUGUUGAAUAUCAAAAAGCUCCCCUCCAAGUCACCUGUUGGGAUGCUAAAUGUUGAGGAGGGCAACAUGCCUGAGGAUCAUGAACCACCUGAAGGCAGUCCAAAGUGUGAUUGCCUUGCAAGCCUCAAAUUAGCACAGAAAACAGCAGAAUUAUAUGAACAGGAUGGUACACUCAACUUGCAAUUGCAUGAGAGCCAGGAUGGACUGGAGGGUGGAUCUCAGCAGGUGGAGUAUGACAUGAUUGUAAGAGAGCUACAAGACCAACUUUGUCAUGCUCAGCCCAAGAAUUAUGAGUUACGUGGGUGCUGGUCUUAUGUGCGUGCACAAAUUGAACAACUCAAGCAGAUCAUCCCACCAGCACAACUGGCCAAACUCGAGCAACCACAUCUGGUGAUGGCAUUCACAAGGGAGAAAUGGGAGGAGCAGAUACAUCAUGAUGUUGUCAUACAGGCCGAGGUCAAUGACCUGGGUAUGGGGCAGGUUGUGCAGGCUGGCAUGGUAUCAAUGUGCAAAUUGGAUUCUAUUUUGUAG